UCUUCUAGGGUUUGCCUGGACAGUCCGUCAGGCAAAGCUUCCGUCGCAUGUUCCGAACAACAAUGUCGACGUCCAAAGAAAACAUUCAAACGUGCGGCGGAGGAGUACUCACGGAGGAACAAAGAAAUCGAAUCUCUCGGAAUUUCAGAGCCGCCAAGGCCCUCAUUGCUCGUAAACGCCCUCGCCAUGACGCCGUUUCGCCUGAUCACUUUCCUCAUAAUAAAAUUUGUGCUAGAAACGGAAUUCAAACACCAGCUCAGCUGAAUAGCAUCCAGAGAGUUCCUCUUGCUGAGCUACCUGUAAACACGCCAUCUCCGUCUCCAUUCUCGGCGAAUUGCUGCAAGUCAGACGGUGGCGAAUAUAGCAGCGCUUCAUGUUCUGGUAGCUUAAGCAUUAACCGGAUUGAAUCAAGCGUAUCAGGAUCAGAUUCUUUCACAACUCCAAUGAGGCAGCCCCAAUGUUCAACUUCAUUUGAUUCUUUCUCCGCACCUCGAUUUCUAGAUGAAGAUGAUUUUGAUGAGAGUAUUUUGCAAGAAAUUGACGCUUUGAUCGAGCAGAAACCAAGCCUGGAAAUUCACCAUGAUGAUGUUGAGAGUUGUGAUGGUGAUGCUAGUACCGCUUCAGUGCUGCCUGUGAAUGCUGAUAAUCAGACAGGUUCUAUCAACCAUGGAUUGCCGAACAUGCCAGAUGAGUAUUCGAAGUAUUUGCUUUCUCUCAAUGAGAGGCAGCGCGAAGCAGCUUGCAGCGAUAUUUCAAUACCUUUGAUGAUUGUUGCUGGCCCCGGAAGUGGAAAGACUUCGACUAUGGUUGGCCGUGUUCUGAUGCUGCUUAAUGAGGGCAUUAGUGCAUCGAAUAUUCUAGCCAUGACUUUCACUACAGCAGCAGCUGCCGAGAUGAGAGAUCGAAUUGGAGCUGUGGCUGGGAGAGCAACUGCCAAACAGCUUACAAUCAGCACAUUUCAUUCAUUUUCGUUGCAGCUUUGCCGAUCACAUGCGGAGAAACUUGAGCGCACACCAGAGUUCUUAAUAUAUGGACAUGGACAACAGAGAAGAGCCAUUAUUGAAGCUGUGCGGUUAUCAGAAGAUGAAAAGAGUAGAAAGAAUCAUAGUGUUGCCAUAGUUGGCGAAGAGUCUAACAGUAUCACGUCUCCACAUCAUUAUAAGGAUGCGUCAAAGAAAUGGCAGAAGUUUGUGACUCAGGCAAAAGCUUCGGGAAAGACUCCAGCCGAAUGCGGAAAAAUGGGUGAUGAGACAGGAGGGAAAAUUCUUGGGAACUACAAUGAUAUCUUAAAAUCUUGUAACGCUUUGGACUACCAUGACCUAAUUAGUUGCUCUGUGAACCUGCUCACUGAUUUUCCUGAAGUGUUGAAGGAGUGCCAGGAUUUAUGGAAAGCUAUUGUGAUAGAUGAGUUUCAAGACACAAGUGCUAUGCAAUAUAGUUUUCUGCGGAUUCUUGCAUCUCAUAACCACAUAACCAUUGUUGGUGAUGAUGAUCAGCAUAUAUCCUGCCGCAGUCCAUUUUCAGUUUCAAUGGGGCAGACAUUUCUGGAUUUGAUUCCUUUCGUAGAGAUUUUCCAAAUUACAAAGAGACUUAAUAAAAACUAUCGGUCCACACGCUAUAUUGUGGAAGCUGCAUCUUCUGUUAUAAAAAACAACAAGAAGCGAUGCCAACUAAAGAAUGUUGAGACCGACAACUCUUCUGGAUCUAAGCUAAUUAUCAAGGAAAGUCACAAUGAGGAUGCACAAUGUGCCUUUGUUGUUGACAAGAUCCUGGAAACUGCAUCUAACCAGUCAGAUGCAGGGUGCUCCUAUGGAAACAUAGCAAUCCUUUACCGGAGGCAGGUAUCAGGAAAAGUCUUCCAAACAGCCUUGCGUGAAAGGAAAAUACCAUUUAAUAUUCAUGGAGUGGCCGUUUAUAGGAAGAAGGUAGUCAGAGCCAUUAUUGCUAUGGUCAAAACAACUUUGCCUGAUUGUGAUGAUGGAUCAUAUCGUCAAGUCUUCAAGGCCUUACUUCCUUUUGAGAAAGAGGAAAAGAAGAAGGUAAUUGAGUAUAUAGACAAAAUUUCGGCUCAUAGAAAAUGCAGCUUCAUAUCAGCUGCUUGUGACAUCUUUAGUGCAAAACUUUCUGGUACCUUGAAGAGGACUCAGCUAACACAAGGACGCAAGGUGCUGUUAACACUAGAGAUGAUUUCAAAACUUGUUCACAGGGAACAAUCGAUUUCAGCCGUCAUAACUUCAGUGGCGAACAUGGUACCACAGAAGUAUCUUCUUGAGCAACGUGCAGUCGUCGAUGUUGAUGGAGGAAAAUUGCUAAAUGAAGACAAUGACAUGAGAUCUGUUCUUCAGUACCUACUGGAUGACAUAUCUGAUUUCUUAUCAACUCAUUUUGUUGCGGGACAAGGGGAUAGAGAAGUCGUAAAAGAAAAAGGUUGUGUUAGUUUACUCAAAGCUUUCAUUGACUGCAUAUCUGAGCGGGAGAGCGAAAAUUUUCGUUCCCGAAGACAUGACAACCAGAGUUCUGUCACCUUGACUACCAUCCAUCAGUCAAAAGGUUUAGAGUGGGAUAUUGUUUUUAUAAUUAAGGUAAAUGAAUCUGAGAUUCCGUUGUUGCAUGAAUUCAAUGGUGUUGCAAAAGAAAAUGGGACCUCCAUUGAGGAGGAGAGACGCCUGUUAUAUGUUGCAAUGACUCGUGCUCGGAGAAAGCUUUUCAUUCUUUAUGUUACGAUGGAUUCCAAUUGGCAGAUGCUUCAACCUUCGCGUUUUCUCAAAGAAAUUCCAAAUCAUCUUCGAGAAGUCCAGGCUGACAUAAGUACACAAGACUUGCAAUCAAAGAAUCCUGACACUUCAAAAGGAACUACUCGGUCUACAGCUGAUCUACAAACAAACAUCCAUCCUUCUGAAGUAGAUUCAGUGCAAAAUGAUUUUCAUCAUAGUAAAUUUGAUGAAGCUUCUGCAGAGUUGAUAGAAUUUGCAGAGGGAAAUAGCGGCAAUGGUUUCUUAAAAAGAUUCAGUGUGGAUGAGAGAUCGAUUGUCUCACAUUUAUUUAAUGAGUGGGCUAAGAAGCAAGCAUUUCAAGAUCCUAAGAGGUUGCUUGACAAGGUUGGUUUUGUAAUAGAUGAACGCCUACGAGCCAAGAACUAUAAACACAAGGAUGUUUUGCGCUUGCUGAAGUCUUGCCUGAAAUGUGACGAUGCAUUUCAUUAUGUGCAAUAUGUUUUGAGAUGGCAGAAAAUACCUGCUGAUCAACGUGCUCAUUUGAUGCGGGAAAAACAGGAACAUUUCCAGAAGUUAAGGAUCGAGAACUCAAUGGGUUCGUCGGCACCAACACCGAAACAGAUUUCUUAUCUGCAAAAUCUGGGCUGCACCGUGGCUCCUACAUCACGCCUCCAUGCUUCUCGCUUGAUUGAGCAGUACAAGUCAUUGUGAAUAAGGGUAAAUUACUCAAAUGGUCUUCAAACUUGUAUGCGAUUUACAUUUUGGUCCCUCAAU